AGAAACUCACAGGGGGAGUUCCACCCUCUCCUACGGGGUCGUGGCAUCAACUCGACGGCAGGGAGUUUUGGGUCAUGCUUGACUCGGGUUCUCCCUGGCUUCUAGCAGGGACAUACCGGGAAGGACAGGGUCUUCAGGAUUGAGGAUGAGUGUGUUACCAGAGGACAAGGCUUGAGCAAGCAGUACAAAGAGGCAAAUAUUUGCAGAGGUUCUGUUACGCCACACCCUGAUUAUCCAGGAAAGCAAAUAUCUGCCAUCCUCACGGGCAGGCAACUGGGAAGAGCUGGACUGAGAGGCAACCAAACCUACCAGGGUGGUCUCACUUCUCAUUGACUCAACUGUGUGUGUACUCUGCCAGGUAUGGGUGGCUUCAGACCCGCCAUGAUACCAGCCGCACUGCUGCUUUGCUCCUUCCUGCUCUGCCGCGGCCAUUCCACUUCAUAUGGAACCCAGGCAAAGGCCCUGAGGCGCCUUCCCUCCCUGGGGUCCCAGCCACCCUUCUCUGAUUCCCUGCUCUGCCAGACCUUGCUCCCGAAGUCCCUGCCUGGCUUCACCCACAUGGCCCCUCUGCCCAGGUUCCUGGUAGGCCUGUCCCUCAGGAAUGCCCUCGAGAAGGCUGGUUGCCAGGCUUAUGGCUGGGCUGUGGAGCGUCAGCUCUACCGCCUGGGAGGUGUGAGAGCCACACAGCUCCUAGUCCACCACCUCCAAGGGCCCCAGAGAGGCGGAAGCGUACAGAAGGCAGAGUCCCCGGAUGCCCUGAUCUUGGCUUUGCAUCUGCUGGCUGGGGAGCAGCCAGGCUCAGAGAGAGCCCGGCGCUCUCUCCACCCGGAAGACUGUAAGCAAGAGCAAGAAGAGACUGUGCAGAGUAUCCUCCGCUGGGUGCCCAAUGUGGGUACCUACUACAACUUGGGCACAGCUUUGUACUACGCCGCUCAGAACUGCAUGGACAAGGCCAAGGAACGCAGCCAAGAAGGAGCCAUGGAUCUAGGUUAUGACCUUGUGAUGACCAUGGCUGGCCUGUCUGGGGGUCCUACAGGACUGGUGAUCAGCUCUGCACUGAAGCCUGCAGUGAAGGCUGGAGUCGAGCAGUUGAUCCAAUAUUUCUAUGAGCAAGAGACAAACACCCCUGUGCCAGAGGCUAGCCAGGAGUAUUGGUGAACACUGUCAGGCAGAAGCGGGAGUUGGCAGGGCAGGCGGGCGAGGAGAUACCCAGAGCUGGUAAAAACACUUCCAGGAUGCUGCAAGAGGCCAGCCCCACCCUCCCCGCUUCGGUGGCCUUCAAGCCCAGAUGUGAGAAGCUGGCUGUUGCAGAUAACAUUGAACAUGGUUGCUUAGCUCUGGAUCUGCAGACGACAAUGUUGCCGUGGAAAAUUCCCCAGCUACUCUCUCCCCACAGACCUGAGCUAUAAAAUUCCACCUUCCCCCUCCUCCCACAGUGCCACUUCACAGGCCCCCAGCUGGGGACCUGUGAACCCACUACUCAGGAUGCUCCUAUCCCUUUCUUUGCUCUCUCCUCCCUCCCUGGGUGGCGCAACUUCUCUGGCCCCAAUUUAGGGACCCGUGAACCUCACCAGAGAGCUCUGAAAUAAACCUUUGAAACGGUU